GUGUUGCUUCUUUGAUUGUCGUAUUCCAACGAGCACGCUCGCUUUGUUGCCUCAGACUUCUUCGAGCUUUUACUGAAGAAGGUCGAACCUUUGCUUUUGUACGUACGCUGCUGGUACCGACUGUUGUUUUCAUUUCUUUCGCUAAAAUCUUGUGAAUCUGUGACAAACUCAUCGCGAUAAUUUCAAAGAAAAGAUUUUCUUACUGUUUGGUUUUUUGAGGUCGCGACAAAUCUCGACAGAAUACUCUUUUGGAGUAUUUCGAUGACGGAAAGUUUUUUUUUGCGGAAAGAAACCUCGCGAACUCUAUUUACGUACAUUGCAGAAGGAAUCGAGGCGGAAAGAUCACCAACUGAAUAAUACGAUAUGAUAUUAAUAUAAUUCCGCGACAUCCAAUCUACAGUCAACGUAUUGAGUAUCUUGAUUUUGCUAAACUCUCAUCGUGGUGCAAAUAAAUCGGAGUACAGGAGAAAGUGAUCGUGUUUUAUUAUAUGUAAUUGUAACAACUACAGCGGUGUGAUUCUUAAAAAUUUAAUUGCAUUAUAUCAGAUUCAUUGUUACUUGAGUUUCCAUCAAUGAUACUAUUGUGGUGAAGAGUUUUUUCAUUGAAUUCAUCACACAACUUUACAUCGUUCCGGCUAUCACCUUGUUCAUCUGUGGAGUAUUUGGAAUAAUAUCUGUGAACGACUAAAGAUAGACGACAAAGUGUAACUCUUCACGGAAUUUCGUCUCCCAAGCUCAGUUGGCUGUGAUAAAAGGCAUACCUUACUUACGCCAACAACAUUAUUACUAUGAUUUGGACUGAGCAGUGAAUAACGACGAGAAAAGUGAAAUUGCGGAGACAAACUACGACGUCAUCGACAGGCACCAGGCACCGGCCAGUAUCCGAUUUCAGUGACCGGCUCGCAACAAACCAGCGAUCAGUUCAUGCAUCUGGAAAGAAAAUAAAACGCUCUUGCAAUCUCCAUAAAGCCAGAUAAAAGUGAAAAUUUCUCCGAGAAGAAGGCAAUACAAAAGCGAAGGUCUUUCUGAAGGCCGCAAAGAUUAAUGCCCCCAGGGUUUGGAGUGAUAGGAAAUGGUUGGCAAAGAAGUGUUGCCCACGCCGAUUGUGAUAUAAAUAAGAUGAAUAUAUUCGUCUCCUGCGGGUCCACCUUUGAAACGUAACACGAAUGACGCACCGAAGCUAAAUUUUGGAUUUACUGCUUUAACCUUUCGAACAUAACUACUCUCACUGAAACUGUCUUCUUUCUUCAAUCUAAAUUUAAAUUUUAACGAAAAUAUCCUAAGCUUUGCAUCUAUGUAAAAUGUUAGGACCCAACAAAUGGCGAGCACUUACGAUUAUUGCUGGAAUUUUGCUAGCGAAUGCAAUUGACACUCCUGCAAAGACAAACACGGUGCAACUAUCAACACUGCAAACGGACCCGUAUCAAAAGAUUUCCUUACAAGGAUACCGUUCGUGGAACGAUCGAGUUUCCAGAAAUCUUUAUCCUCCACACCAAAUUUUUUCUAAUGUUGAUAAUAUAAGAUUUUUAGAAAAGCGACAGGAUCCGAACGACGGUAGCUUCUCCAACAGUUUUGGGGCAUUUCGAGUAGCACGAAACUUUAGAAGGAGACAGGAUGACACAGCCUCAAUUCAAUAUAGUGAUAUCAACCGAACUGAACCCACUGUGAGUACUACGAGUCAACCAUAUCAGCAGAGGAGCUACGUGUACAUACCAUUUAUUAAAGAAACUUCCACUGCUGCAUUGGAUAUAAACAGAACUUUAGGAAAUAUAAAACCCCCUUCAAAUGUGGAGUUGACAGGGGAAGGAAUUGCCUCUUAUGAGAAUUUGCAGGAUAGAACUGAUAAUGCAGAAACAGUAAAUGAUGAACUCAAUGGCAGAAGAUCGGGAUUCAAAUUUCCCGCCCAGAGUGAAAAUUACCAAAGCUCGUUUCAGCCACAAGGUUACCGAGAGGAUACAGUGUCGUUUGCGGAGAGUGGGAACUACCAGGUACCGUAUAGUGAAGAAUUCGCUCACACCUUCCCUCCGGAACAUGAACCUCGAUAUGGACGGCAAAUAACUUUCGAAGCAGAUCCAUCGGUCGGAUCGGGACCUGGACCAGCACUUCCCGCCGCAAGCCAUCCGAUAGAGUUUCCUGGCCCAAAUGCAAAUACAAAUCCACACCAUACGGCUUUAGUGAAGGGUUUUCAUGAUGAUGUAACAAAAUUUGGUGAUAUUAAUGGACCUAUUACGGCCAUUCCUAGGCAAAACCGAGGAUUAGUUUUCAAUGGUGGAAGUGGUUUCAGAAGUGCUCGACAAUUUACUCCUCCGAAUGUAUUUGUUGAAUAUAGUGAUUAUCCAGGACCGCCGAAAAGAUUUUACCCUUUCAAGUCGCGAACGCCGAGGGUUGUUUUCCCAACGAAUGACAAUAUACCGAGUGCGCCGUCUUCAAGUGGGACAUAUGCCAGUGAUAGUGUCACGUUUCGGGAUCAGAAUUUUGGACUAAACGACUUGGCAGCAAUUCAAGAUGUUAGAAAUGAAUUCAGUUUGCAGGACAUUAAUGAAGACACGACCUCAACUUUUAAAGAGAAAGGCGACCAAGUGACGAGUGAUAUACAGUGUCAGCAUCAAGGUGGAACCUGUGAGUUCUUCCUUAUAUGUUGGAUGUCGAAUGGUCUCCUUCACGGAACCUGUGGUGGACUUUUGCGAGGAUGCUGUCAUCGUACAGCAAAAUCAGCAAACCUUGGCACAUCUGACUUCACCAAUGCCAUUGACUUAACAGAUCUUCCAAAUAAAGACUACGGACCAGUAAUAAACGACCCUAGCUGUGGAAUUUCUUUGCACAAGCAAACCGCCCAAAGACGUAUUGUCGGAGGAGAUGACGCUGGAUUCGGAUCUUUUCCGUGGCAAGCAUAUAUCCGAAUUGGUUCGUCGAGAUGUGGCGGAUCACUAGUGUCAAGGCGCCAUGUCGUUACGGCCGGACAUUGUGUGGCACGGGCUAACCCGCGACAGGUGCAUGUAACUCUGGGUGAUUAUGUGAUUAACUCCGCGGUUGAACCGCUGCCAGCAUAUACGUUCGGAGUGCGACGAAUCGAUGUUCAUCCCUUUUUCAAAUUCACACCACAAGCAGAUCGAUUUGAUAUUUCAGUGUUAACUUUGGAGCGACCAGUCCACUUCAUGCCACAUAUUGCUCCAAUCUGUCUUCCCGAAAAAAAUGAAGACUUCCUAGGUAAAUUUGGAUGGGCUGCUGGUUGGGGGGCCUUAAAUCCGGGAUCGAGAUUACGCCCAAAAACACUGCAGGCGGUUGACGUCCCCGUUGUAGAAAAUAGGGUAUGCGAACGAUGGCAUCGAUCCAAUGGAAUAAAUGUCGUCAUAUAUCCCGAAAUGUUGUGUGCAGGAUACAGGAAUGGUGGUAAGGAUUCGUGUCAAGGUGACUCUGGAGGACCAUUAAUGCACGAGAAGAAUGGACGUUGGUAUUUGAUAGGUGUUGUUUCGGCAGGAUACUCAUGUGCCACCCGAGGUCAGCCGGGUAUCUAUCACCGGGUGCCGUACACCGUGGAUUGGAUAUCAUAUGUCCUCAACUCAACUUCGUAAUUGAAUAUUGUCAUAGUCGAAAACAAAAACUUGUGAUAUGUCCUGAGAAGAUGAAAGAAAAAGGGAAGAUCUAUGAGCAUAACCAUAAAAUUUUCAACGAAAUGCAACAAAUAAAGCGAAUGGAAGCAAUACUAAAGCUACAACAAAGAGCAUUAAGAAAAGAAAAUACAUUUCUGUGAAAUUGUAUUUUACGUCUAAUGAUAAUUUCAUAAUUUAUAUAAAAAAUGUAUUUAUUUUCCUUAAUUAUUCUAACAUAAACUCCUACAUAUUAAUAAUGUUUCAGCAUGUACAGAAAUAUAAAAUCCACAAAAAAAUAAAUAAAUUAUAAACUAAAUUAUAAUUCAUAAGGAAAUGUUUGCGCGCAACGAUUUUCCAAUAAACUAAAAAUAUACAUAUUUUUGUUCCGUUACCAAUUCAAUUUAUCAGUAAGAGUGUAAAGUAAUUACGUUGACUAUAACUAGAGAAUUCUAUUUUUUAAAAAUUAAUAAUAUGUUAUAAGAGUUUUCAUAAAAUUAUUCAUGAUUCGUUGUAUUAUAAAUAAAUUGGGACAAACACUGUAUAAAACCAAACAUUUGAACUGAAAUUAGGAGGGAAAAUUGUUUUGUAAAUAAAGGUUAAUCUAAACAAA